AUGUUCCGGCUGAAGGACGGUCUCCAUACACUGCUCCUGACGGGCGCCAGCGGCAACGCGGCCGCGCUGAUCGGCGGGGUGACGCUGCACUCGGCGACCAACAUUGGAUUCGAGGGCAAGAACGAGGUUGCAAGGAACAUAUCGGAAGAAGAAAAGCUGCGUUGGAAAAAUAUGGUCAUGUUGAUCGUCGACGAGAUCAGCCAGGUGGGCGGACUCACGCUCGCGGCGGUAGACAGCCGUCUGCGGCAGUACAGGGACGACCAGCAUCGACCGUUCGGCGGGAUCCCAACGGUCAUGUUCUUUGGUGACUUCUUCCAGUUCGACCCCGUCCUGCAGACCAGCCUCCUCUUGCCAACGCCUAGGGACCGCAGCGGACAGAGACCAGAGAGCGCUGCAAGGCACCUAGCUGCGCAUAAGCUGUUCCUCCAGUUCACCACCGUUGUCAUCCUCCGCGAACAGGUCCGCGCGGCCGGCUGUCCAAGGCUGCGGGGCUUCCUUCGGCGCCUGCGCAAUGGCGAGCAGACCGAGCAGGACUUCCAGCGGCUGAGCCAACGCCUCUAUACACCGUCGUGCAAGUCCUCCUUCGUAGAUGGACUGAGAGCCAUCACGCCCUUGAACCAAGACCGGUGGGACCUGAACAUGGCCGCCGUCAUCCAGUGGGCUCGUGCCCACGGCAAACACAUCUCCAUCUUUGUGGCUAAGCAUGACACCGAAUCGGGGAAGCGGCUGCGCGUCGAAGAGCUGGGGGACGUACUCCGCCACGGAGACGACUCACAGCUGCCGACCCCUGGCCUCUUCUUUUACGCCCAAGGCAUGCCGGUCGCGGUGACUCGCAACCAGUUUGUCGGGCUGAAGGUCGUCAACGGAGCACCUUUCAUGGCCGUCGACAUCUUCCCCGACCUCGCGUUUGGCACCAUCGCCCUUACUAGUGACGUGACUCUCCAUCUCGGACCGCCGGUGGCCGUCCUCCUCCACUCGGACGAUAGCGCGGACCUCAUCCCCGGGCUCCCCAACGGCACCAUCUUAGUCAAGAGCAAGACGGUCGCCAUCCCGAGCCAAAUGCGGGGCAAAGAAGGCAGAUGGAGGGGCAAGCCGGGUUUCAGGUGGGUUACCCACAGAACCGGGCCUCUCUGCACGCCGGCCUUCGCCAUGACAGAUCAGAAGAGCCAAGGCAAACAGUUCUCGGAUGUGCUCGUCAACCUCAAAGGCGUCCACUCGAGUGGCACGGCGACGCGGCCCAGCUUCAUGAGCCUGUACGUGCAGCUGUCGAGGGCGCAGAGCUGGGACGGGCUGCAUCUGUUUCGGAAGCCGGCAAGCAGUGACUUCAUCGAGCCGAAGAACGUGCUUGAUAAAGACAUGAGGGACGCCAUCCUCAAGCUGGAACGACAGGGUGAGAAGACCAGACGGCGGUUCGAGCAAGACCACAGGCACGAGCCGUGGUUUCAGGAAUGGGACGCCAUGGCCGAAUCAGUGCAGGCCACUGAAGCAGCUGACGAAGAAGCGGUUGCGUCGCUCUAG